GUCAUCAUACUUGGACUACUUUGUGGUUCGUUGAAUGAUUCAUUAUUUUUAUCUCAUUUUAUAAUAUUCACACCUGUACAAAAAGUGUAAAACUAUUCGAGUAAUAUUCAAAAUUCAAAUGUUUUUCCGAAUAUUACACAUCAAUCUUCGCUUUACCAGUACUACUGGCAAAAAAAUUCUUGGAGCUACAGGUGCUGUACUAGCCGGCACUGCAAUAGCAACUUACUUCCAAAAAAAUGAAGUGUACAUGGCUUCAAAGCAGCAGCCAGCUGGGAAAUUCAUGGCUGAACCUAUUACACCAAAAACACAGCUGACGGCCAACUCUGAUGAUAUCAAAACUAAAAUGGAAUUGUUGAUCAUGAAAAUUCAGGCAGACUUUUGUCACGCUUUGGAAAAUGAAGAAUUUUUUGGCAAAAAGUUUACUGUUGAUCGUUGGGAACGCAAAGAAGGUGGUGGUGGUAUAACCUGUGUACUUCAGGAUGGAGAUGUUUUUGAAAAAGCUGGAGUUAAUGUAUCAGUUGUUCAUGGCAUACUACCUAAAGGAGCUAUUCAACAGAUGAGAUCCCGAGGAAAAGAGCUCGCUGAAGGAGAUUUGCCUUUCUUCGCAACAGGAGUCAGCGCUGUAAUUCAUCCACGUAAUCCAAUGGUCCCAACAAUUCAUUUUAAUUACCGCUACUUUGAGGUAACAGAUUCAAAAGGUCACAAACAAUGGUGGUUCGGUGGGGGAACGGAUCUUACACCAUAUUACUUAAAUGAAGAGGACGCAGUUCACUUCCAUAAGACUUUAAAGGAGGCCUGCGAUGAUCACGAUAGAGAUUACUAUCCCAAGUUCAAAGAAUGGUGUGACAAAUAUUUUUUUAUUCCUCACCGGAAUGAAUGCCGUGGUGUAGGGGGUAUAUUUUUCGAUGAUCUCGAUACACCAGACGAAGAAAGUGCAUUCGAAUUUGUGUCUAGUUGUGCACAUUCUGUAAUUCCAUCAUAUCUUCCUCUAGUUCGAAAGCACAAAAACGAAGCAUAUGGCGAUCGAGAACGCCAAUGGCAAUUGUUGCGUCGAGGCCGAUAUGUAGAGUUCAAUCUUAUAUAUGAUCGAGGAACAAAGUUUGGUUUGUAUACACCUGGAGCACGCUACGAAAGUAUUUUAAUGUCCCUACCUUUAACCGCAAAAUGGGAAUACAUGCAUCUACCUCCUGCUGAUAGCAAGGAAAAUGAGUUAAGUCUUGUUUUGAAGAACCCCAGAAACUGGCUAAAAACGACUCAAUAAAUUCGUGAAGCAUUUAUUAUGUUUUCAGGUUUUGUAUUAGGUAUUAAAUAUCAUUUCUAUUGGAGAAGGUC